CCAGCCCGACAUCCUCGCUCGGCGCUCCGGCAGCGGCAGCCGCGGCGGCCCCAGGUGGGCUCCCGGCCGGAAUCCGAGUAGCGAGGGGUGCGUGGCGAUGCCCGGCCCGAGGUCCCCUCAGUGGCUAUGGAAGAGGUCCCUCUGCUUGGCGGGUUGUCCAGUCCCGAGGAGGAGAUCGUGACAGACCUUUUCAGUGCAGAGAGUCCGUUUGUUUCUGAAAACCUUACCCUGAAAGCCCCGGUGGUGGUGAAGCACGAGGAGGACGAGUUCCACGUGUUUAAAGACGCGUAUCUGAGCUCCGCGGACCCCAAGGAGCCCCUGCUGCACGCGUUCAGCACCCCGCUUCACGUGGACUGUGAGCGUCAAGUCAAAGUGGAGCUCGUGGUGGACGACAACGAGGAUGAGAUGCUCCCGGAGUACCCGAGUCUCCCCGAGCUCAGCCCCCUGGAGGACGCCGCGCUGUCCGUGGUCCCGCAGCCGCAGGCCUACAACGUGCACUUCCUGUCCUCCCUGCUGGCCCCGCACAGGAGUCCUGCUGUCGUGCACCUGGGCGCCUGGGCCAGGGAAGGAGCCGCCCACCCCGGUGUCCGGGUGAUUCCAGUGGAAAUAAAGGAGGCAGGUGGUACAAUUAUAAGUAACAAUCCGGAGGAAGCAACUUUUCGGAACCCUCUUGGUCCAGAAUCCUGUUGCAAGUUCCCCUCAUCACAAGAAGCAGAGGACGCUGACCACUCUCACAAAAAGGACUCUAACCCAAUGGUGAUAUGUCAGUUGAAAGGGGGUACACAAAUGCUGUGUAUAGACAAUUCUGGCACAAGAGAACUAAAAGCACUUCAUUUGGUUCCUCAGUAUCAAGACCAAAAUAAUUAUCUACAGUCAGAUGUCCCUAAACCAAUGACUACUUUAGUAGGAAGAUUUUUGCCAGUACCAGCAAAAUUAAAUCUCAUUACACAACAACUUGAAAGUGGAGCCUUCCCAUCCCUAGUCAACGGGUCUGCUUUCCCUUCGGGAUCCGCUCUUCCAGGACCACCAAAAAUAACUUUGGCUGGAGUAACUCUUAGUUCAUGGGACACAAAGUCUAAAAAGCCAUGUAACUGUACCAAAUCCCAGUGUCUGAAAUUGUACUGCGAUUGCUUUGCCAGUGGGGACUUUUGCAACAAUUGCAAUUGUAAUAAUUGUUGUAACAAUCUACAUCACGAAAUCCAACGGUUCAAGGCCAUUAAGGCAUGUCUUGAGAGAAACCCAGAAGCUUUCCAACCAAAAAUCGGGAAAGGAAAGUUGGGAGAUGUGAAGCCUCGACAUAACAAAGGCUGUAACUGCCGGCGCUCAGGCUGCCUCAAGAAUUACUGUGAGUGCUAUGAGGCCAAAAUUAUGUGUUCUUCUAUUUGCAAAUGCAUUGGUUGCAAAAAUUAUGAAGAAAGCCCAGAACGGAAAACCCUAAUGAACAUGCCCAACUAUAUGGAAAUUGGAGGGUUUGAAGGCAACCAUCAUUUGUCACCAACUAAAUUCUCAGGACUACCAAAAUUCAGACAAGAUAGGCGCUCUUCCUCGUGCAUCUCCUGGGAGGUGGUGGAGGCCACAUGCGCCUGCCUGCUGGCUCGGGGCGAACAGGCCGAGAAGGAGCGCUGCUCGGAGUGCUUGGCGGAGCAGGUGAUCUUGGAGGAAUUCGGGAGGUGCCUGUCACAGAUUCUCCGUAUUGAGUUUAAAUCCAAAGGGUUGAAAAUUGAGUAGAGUUACCGUGUAGUGAAGUCAGAAUGCACAUAGAUUUUGUUUCAGUAUUCUGAGGGAAAGAAAUCUGUAGUUUAGAAAGGUUGUUUGAGGAACACAAGGCCGGGUCUGCGUCACCGGCUGUGUCCCUAAGGUCGGGCUUUCCCUCUGCAUCAGGGUGCCGGGGGAUUUACUCAGAGCGGGUGAGGGUCUUGGCGAUCACAACCCCCCUUUUUGAGGAAGUGCAGGGCACAACUAACCAUUGCUGUCUGGCCCUGGGGAGAGAGCGUUGAGCCCUGUGACCCUGGGAGAACCGUCUGCACACACGCACAGUGAUGGAGGGUGUGAGCGGGCUCUGGAGGAAUAACAGUCCCUCCCCACUGACUUCACCCUGUCUUGGAAAUUUUCCUCUGGAGGCUCCUCUGCCUAAAAAGCCAUAAUGAUUUUUCACUAAAAUGAUUUUAAAAGAAAUUCUCCAGAUGGCUGCUAACAUACAACUUAAAAUCUCCAGAGAAGUACCAAAUACCUGGAGGAAUUCCCAAGUGUAAACGUUUUCCCAGAGUCACACAAAUUCUCCGUCUCCCCUAGGGCCACUGGGAUACACAGGCAGCCAGCUCGUGGUUAUGACUGAAAAUGAUCUAGUUUCUUAUGUGUUUUCAUUUGAAUGUGGAAAAGCUCUAUUGUCCAAUUAAAUUCUCCCUAAUUAUUGUUCUAAUAUUAUUAUUGUUUGUUAAAAUAUGGUUAAAAUAACUAGUUUGCAGAAACCAGCAGGUAAGAUUAGUUAUUAAGUUGACUCUCUUUUGGUUCUAUUGGAAAAGCAAAGAGGAUUAAAAAUUUUAAAUGUCUUCCAUUGUUGUAAUUAACUUAGUAACUGAAAACAUAUUCGUCAUGUUUCUGUGUUUAUGAAUAGCCUUGGCCCCUUAGAGACCGUUUAGAAAGCUCACUUGCGAGCA